GCCCCCAUCCACACACCGACACGCACGUGCCCCAGAGUGCUUGUUUCCGCGGCCCACUUCGGCUAGCGGCCCUUCCCCCUCGAGAGCGGUCGCUGGCACGGCUCCAGCCCUUCCCGGUGUGCAGUCCCCAGCCGGCGCUGCAGCUUGGGUCAUAUGCGCAGGAAUGAUGAGAGAGGCACUGUUUAAUCUUUUCGCACUUGCCUCUCCCUUCACCCAGCGGCAGGAUGGCGAUGGCGGACCUGCUCAGCGCGGAGGAGAUCAAGGCGGCUGUGGGAGCCUUUUCAGGCUGAAGAGGAGUCGAGAGAGUGGGCUCAGCCUGCUGGGUUGCAGAAGCUUCCCGCAGGACAGAUGGCUGCAGUGCGCCUUACUUCAGGCACAGAUCGAUGCCUCCCGUUUCAAACUCCCCCCGUUUCUCUCCGCCAGCGUUCGACAGUUGCCGAAUCCUUCUGCCACAAGAAGUUCUUUGAAAUCGUGGGGCUGAAAAAGAAGAGCCAGGAAGAUGUAAAGAAGGUUUUCCACAUUCUUGAUAAAGAUCAGAGUGGCUUCAUUGAGGAAGAUGAGUUGAAAUUUGUACUGAAGGGCUUCACCCCUGAUGGCAGAGACCUAUCUGAUAAAGAAACGAAGAUGCUCCUGGCUGCUGGAGAUAAGGAUGGCGAUGGCAAAAUCGGCAUUGAAGUCAAAAUUGAGGGACCAGAACAACCUCCAAGCCCAGGUCCAUGUUACCCAGGAGGGUGACCAUCCUCCAGACCUCAUCUCCCAGACUGAAGGGGAAUGCUACUGAGGCUACAGUCAGUUUCAGGGGAGGUGAGUGGAGCCUUCCACAGUCCCUCAGCUGGAAGACAUCAUCAUCAUCAUCACCACCACCACCACAUGCUCAGAUUCCAAGGGCACAAGAGAAAACCAAAAAAAGGAAGGUUUGUACUUGAGGUCAUUUUUUGACCUCUUAUGUGCUAUUGGACAAAUAAAUCAUACCCUUCAGUUCCUCCAGCUGCCUGACGCUGCUAGGCCUGUGAUGUCAGAAGCCAUGUUCUCCAGGGAAAAGAUCGGAAAAAAGAGCCAAACUUUUAUUCAGGUAGAUCACAGCCUUUAUCUAGUACAUGCAUUCAAGCUCCACUCCAGCUGAGGUUCUGGGAAUACUUCUAAUUCUACCAGUCAUUUUCUCAGAACUCUGUCAUGAAAUAUGUUCAGACUUCAAAUCCACUAUUUGUUGGCUCAAGUUUAAAAAAAACAACUAAAAGAAAAAUCAGGAGGGGGUAAAAAAUGCUCUGAUGAGUUUCUCUUUUGCACUCUUGUGUGUCCCAAAAUAAUGUAUUACCAGUUUGGAGAGAGAAAUGAUUAGUCUAUAAUAAAUUCAGAGAUUACCUUUGUUAGUUCAAUGAAAUACCACAGGGUUUGUGCUGGGUCCUCUGCAAUGUUGAGGGAAAGUCUGCUGAUGGUCCAAAGAGCAUUUCAAAAUAAAGUGAAAAUAAGUUUUACAUAAUUAGAACUCUGGAAUUUGUUUAGAAUACUUAAAUGUGAUAUACUGGGAAUAUAGGAAUCAUUCCCAGACAUGUAAAAUAUAGAGGUUAUUCAUAUACAUAAUGUAUUUUAUUAAAUAAAUAGCUUUGAACUAUGUUGACAAUAUACAAUAAUAGCAUCAAUAUAACUAUUACUUUAGAAAAUAUCUGGCUAUAGCCAUGAUUAAUGUAUUUG